AUGUUUAAGAAGGUCUCCUACGUGCUCCUUUACUUGCCUCCGUACCUAAUGGAGCCAAAGUACAAGGGUGUCGCCCUUGACUUUGAGAGUGAGACCAAACACGUGAUGGCCUACACAUCGAGAAAGACGUUUGUCCAUUGGUACCGCCACCCCAAGAGUGGACUGUGCCCUUUGGAGUUCAUACUCGACAAGGAGGUUAACGAGAAGGUCACUGAUGAACCUAUGGAGGUUGACCUCUUGAUCAGAUUCAACAUCUAUCAUGAGAGUACAUGUAGAAGGGACGAGCUGCCCCCACCGAUCCGGUUGAAGGUCAUGCUAUACUUCACCUGCCGUACCGACCUUCUCCAGAAUGCAAUCGUCAGGUCAUCGUCCCCCUUUGUCAACAAUGUGCCCUUAGAUACCAUUGUCAGCGGUGCCAUCGAGCUGACUUAUGUCUUUCCCUGCCAAUUAUACUUUAAGGAGUGCAUCAUUGUCACAGACAAGACCGACAACAACAUCGUAUAUGUCCACACUCAAGUAGUAAAAAAAGAGCAGGACGAGGAGGUGAAGGUAAAGGCUAAGGCGGAUAACAAUAAGAGAAAGAAGUCACCAACCAACUCCAAGACCAACACCAUCACCAACUCUAACAUCAACACCAACCCUGGCUGGACUUACUACCAUCUGGACCUUUGGAACCAUUGGUGGAUAUGCAUGCUAGUCUCCAAUGAAACAAAGUUGGAGAUCAACAAACCAUUCUCUGACUACUUCUGUCAACCACCUAGCGAAGAGAGUGAGCAUGAGUCUCAGGAGAGAUCAUCGGGGAAGAGAUCCAAGACCAGUUUCUCUCAAGACAAGUCAACGACAUCAAGGGCUCCAAGGGGCAAGACUAGCCCGCGGGCUGAGAAGAGAGGAAAGAAAAAGAAAUCUGAUCCGGUCGCCCCUUCAGACAUCAACAAUCCCAAUCUAUUCCCCUCCAACGGUUUUCCUAAGACUGGUGAGCAAAUCUCACCUACUCCAAGUCUGGGCAUGCCUCUGUUUGACCCAAACUUCAAUUAUUCUCCAAGUCCAUUGAAGCAAAGCGCACCACAGCCACAGCAACAUCCAGAGCCACAAUCAGAGCCCGAGCCAGAGCCACAGACACUGCCAAAGACAAAGUCCCAACAACCUCCUGAUUCUCACCAAAGGCCACUGGAUCAACCCAUGACUCUGCCAGAGCCUCAUCAGCAGGCCCAGCCUCAGAUCUUCUCAUCAGAAUCUCCACAUCUUCUUCCUGAACAAUAG